AUUCCAGCCAGAGGAAAGAGCCAGAGAAUUCGAAACCCCAACAGUUGUUCCUGUUCACAGUCACUUCUUUGAUCACUUCUGCAAAAACAUCUCCAGGUUUGUCUCCAACACAGACUGCUAAGGUAGCGCAAAAAAUCUUUUUAGAGUCCUGGGACUGCCUGCAGAAGAGUUCAGAAGUGUCCCACAUCUGAACUCACCAUGAAAGCAGGCUUCUUCUUCUUUUCCAUCCUCCUCAGCAUACUUGCUCAGCUCUCUCAGGCCCAGUACCACUACCAGAGCCUGAUGAACUACCUGGAUAGUCGAAUGGCUGCUUUGGAGGAACGCAUUGCCUUAUGGCAUGAGCAGAACAACCGUUACAGUAAUGACUUGAAGAAAUUCAGGAAUCAGGCUGCAGAUCUGCUGGAGAAACUGGAGAAGGAGCACGAGAAGCUACGGGACGACCUAGAGGGAGCCGGGGUGCGAGUGGACCGGGUGGAGCGAGAGAUGGAUUACUUCGAAACCAAAAACCCACCCAAACCUUGUGUUAAACCAGAGGAUAAAAUGGUGGAACAAGAGCCUGUGGUGAAGAAGAAGAAAAAGGAUGAGUUUUUUGAGGUUUCAGUUUGCGUCGACAUUGUGUCAAGUAUCCGAGCCAUGAAGAUCCUGAAAAGGCUGGGCAGCACCAAAGGGCUUUGGACUAAGGAUGCCAUGACAGCAAAGGUCUACAUCUUUAAUGGAACUUCUGAGGACACUCUGUAUGAGUUUAACUCAGUAAAAGAGCUGGCUGCAUCAUCUGGCAUGUCCAAAGGCAAGCAGAUAACCCUCCCUUCUGCAUGGAAUGGCACUGGCCAUGUUGUCUAUAAUGGCUUUCUUUACUAUGUGACUGAGAAAUCAGAGUUGCAAGUGAUCAAGUUUCAUCUGGAGAAUAGCUCGCUGGCAGACAGUGCUGUUCUUCCUAUAGAGGAUCGGGAGUCCGUGUACAACUUAAAUCCUGAGACCAUAGUGGACCUGAUUGCAGAUGAGGAAGGGCUUUGGGCAUUGUAUGCUGUUGGAGACACCAUUAAUCUGGCCAAGAUGGACUCUGACACUCUGGAUAUCGAGCAAAUGUGGGACACGGCAUGCUCCAGAAACAAUGCUGAAGCAGCAUUUUUUGUUUGUGGCACCCUCUACGUGGUCUACAACACUAGACACGCUAGCCGCUCCAGAGUACAAUGUGUAUUUGAUGUUAAUGACAUGGUAACACCCGGAGAAACCCCACUUCUCUACUUCCCUAGGCGCUUCGGAGCUCACGCCAGCCUGAAGUACAAUCCUGUAGAGAAGCAGAUAUAUGCUUGGGAUGAUGGUUACCAGAUUCUCUACAGGAUGUCCUUGAAGAAGAAGCUGUGGGCCAUAGUGCCAACUCCAGAGGAAUAACUGGCAAUGCAAAGAGACUGCAAGAAAAACUUGACCAGAAAGAUUGCAAAUACUGUAUUAACACACCAUCAGAAAUAUAGAACUUUUGAAUAACUCACAUUUCAUAAAGUUAAAUAUAAUAUUGUUAUGAGGCAAAAAUGUCAUUGUUCAAUGGUCAAUAUAGUGUUACAUUUGAGUGCUAGUUAUUUGUAGCAUUUCUCAUAUGUUAAAUCAUAUGAAAUCAAGCAAAAUCAUUAGUUGAGAAUAGAAAUUUCUAGAAAGUAUUCAUGAGAUCA